AUUUUAUUUCGUCUCUGGCGAUCGAACUCCUCUUUGGUUUCCGUUUUCAGACCGAAAUUUCAGGCAUCUUCGAAUCAUUGCUCCAUUACUCAGUAAAAGAACAAAAAAAAUAGCAUGCUGUACAUUCCUGAAACUCAUUGACUUUUGUGUUCACAUUAACGUUUGAGGAGUGGGUUGGCUUGUGAACAGAUUUUAGUUCAAUUAAAAAAGAGUUGGUAUUAGAUGGAUGGUGCUGGACAACAAGAAAGUGGGAGAUAUAAGCUGGAUUACUACAAAGGGGCACACACUCCGUGGAACAUGAUGCCACAACAUCACAUGAAGGAACAAAAUAAUGCCUUGGUCAUGAAUAAGAAAAUCAUGUCCAUACUUGCUGAGAGGGAUGCUGCUAUUCGAGAACGGAACAUUGCAAUUUCUGAGAAGAAGGAAGCCCUGGCUGCUAGAGAUGAGGCCCUCCAGCAGCGGGACAAAGCACUUGCUGAGCGGGAUAGUGCUUUAAUGGAUAGAGAUAAUGCUUUAGCUGUGUUACAGUAUCGUGAAAAUGCCAUGAACUUCCCUUUGGGUAGUGGUAUUCAGCGUGGAGGAAAACGCAUGCACCCCACAUACCAUUCAACUGAUGUGGGUGAAACUCUCAACGGUGAAAUGCAUGUUACUGAUGCCCUCCCAGUAUCUACCAUUGCUUGUGAAGAAGGCAAGUCUCGCCCUGUAAAGCGGACAAAGGAGAAUAAAGCUGUUUCCUCAAAGUCAGCACGAAAGGUGAAGAAAGUGGCUGAGGAUUUAAACAGGCAAGCUGGUACUGAGGUGAAGAAGUGUAAAUCUGAGUGGAAUGGUCAGGAUAUCGGGUUGAACAUGGUCAACUUUGAUGAAACAACAAUGCCUGUGCCAGUUUGCUCCUGCACAGGAGUUCCCCGACAGUGCUACAAGUGGGGAAAUGGUGGGUGGCAGUCGUCUUGUUGCACCACCACCAUGUCAUCAUACCCAUUACCACAGAUGCCAAACAAGCGUCAUGCCCGAGUGGGUGGCCGGAAGAUGAGUGGUAGUGUCUUCACAAAGUUGCUUAGUCGGCUGGCUGCUGAAGGCCAAGAUCUUUCAAUACCAUUGGAUCUCAAGAACUACUGGGCUAGACAUGGGACAAAUCGUUAUAUCACCAUCAAGUAGAUUGUGGACAAACUUGGACAUGGAGUAUGUUUCUGCCUCAGAGCCUCUCAUUCUGGUGCAGUCAACCACCAAGAUUCGAUGGAACUAGGAUUGAAUUGCAUGAAAAGGUAUGGAGCUUUUUGAUAAAAGGAUGUUUCCUUUGCUCCAUUGAUGUAGGUUUUUGUAAUUCCUAAAUUUUAAUCUCUGGUUUACUGGAGUUUACUCAUGUGGCAGUCUAGAUGGCCGGAACAAAGUGGUUCUUUAUUUUCAGUCAAUUCUCAUAUUCCAUUUGGUAA